GACCGUCCUUUCUCCUCUGACUGAGAGUACAACAGCAAGCAAAACAAUCCUUCAGGUGAAAUAUGCGUCAAACCACCUACAAAUGUGAGAUUUCCUUUCACCGUGCAAUACAGUGUAUGAGCUCGUAAUUGCCAGGCAGGCAGACCUGCAAUUCAUCACGCAGCUUUCUUUCGAGUUAAAUCACUCUGUCGGCACUUAUCGACUUGCCUCACUUACAAAAGGUGGUAUUAUUGGCUCAAUACAGGGUGCCCUACAUUUCACUCUCACCACCACCAACUGCGAAAUAAAUACUUAAUGUUUUCAUGUUCUUCCAUCAGUUUGUUGGUGACGACAGAAGGUAAACCGAAUCGUUGUGCGACGCCAGGUAUGAGUCGAGGAGGCUUUUCUUUGAGACUGCAAAGUGUGAAUUUUUAAAACCACUCGUCGAGUUCAAUAGUUUGGCUCCAAAUUGUGAAUUUCAUUCCAAUGUAGUAAUUGAUUAUACGUUUGCUAUAAUGGGCAAAUUUAGGCGAUUGGACAAGGAAAAAUUUAAGGACAGUAAAAAUACUGAUCGCUGGCGUUACUGGCCUAAAAAUUCAUCACAAGCUCAGAAGAAAAGUUCACCAGACUUUCACUUUCACCUAGUUCUGGCCAUCGUGCUGUUUGUAUACUUGUGGAUACUGUUGAUCACGUACUACGCGGACAAAGGUGCGAGUAGCAGAGAGCGAUUGUCAUCACAAAGCAGUAGCAAUCAUAAAGGGAUUAUCGUAAGCCUUAAAAAUCAGCCUCAAGACUUUGAAGCAAAAGGAUUCGAGUGCUUUUCGAAAUAUCCGUUGUUGCGUUACCCAAAAUUGCAAGGUUCUCCAAUUCGACUCUUACGAUCGUCAUCUCGAGGAGAAAUUUCUCUUACGGACAUAUCUAAAAAAUAUUUAAAUAGAAUGACCCAGGUUUCCGUGCUAAUGAAAUAUUUUAUCGCAGCCCCAAUUUCGUCAAAGUUGAGUGUUGUAGGAAGGAAUUUACUGUCCAACGAAAUGGUCACGAUGGAUUUAUCACAAUAUGGGGAUGCUUACUGUACAAGAGUACUCUUUUUUGGGGCGGUUGACGAGAUUCAUGUUGAGGCAUCAGUGACAUCAAACAACGGAUUCAUUAUUGUUGACGAGUUGUUAGUUGGACUCGGAUAUUUUGUUUUCGAUGGACUUGACGUAGAAACGUGCUCCUAGCAGAUAUUGGACAAUUUAUUUUAUCACAUUCGCGAUUCACGAUAUGCAUCUUUCAAGUUCGAUGUGUUCUACCUCUUUAUACGGUCACGGGGUAAUAAACUAAAUAAAUUGGUAAUGUAGAGUUCGAAAUCUAUGUAAUCUAUAUAUUUAUACAAAAUUACCAACCCAUGAUUUUAUUACACACAAUUUGUCGCAAAUUUUUGGAUAAAUGAGUUGCGAUGCCAAAUAAUGCUCGAUUUAUGUUUUCCCCUUGUCACUAGAUAACAUGGUUGCACGAUUGCUUGACAUUUAGUAUCUAGGUAACUCUUGGCUCUUUUAACGGUUGCGACAAAUGGUGGAGUUACAAAUAAAAUAAUUAUUUUUUUAAUCGUUGGUACACGUCCCCUGGGCCUGUGUACCAACGACUUUGACCUUUAAUAACUUUUGAAAGGGCAGACAUAGAGACUUGAUUCUUAAAGAUGAAAUCAUCGUAAUUUUUAGCUUGAUUUUUUAAGCAAAAAAUCUCGAGGCUACUAUUUCGAGAAUUAAAUUUGAAAUCUGCAGCGUGCAGCCUUUAUUUAGCCCGAGUCAGGGUCAGUGUCAGCUUCUAAAUUUUAGUCAGACGACCUGCACCAACUACUAUUCGUAAUCGGCAAAAAUGUUCCCAUAAUCCAGCAUGCAAAAUUUCAGCUCAUUGACCAAUUUUAAAACCAAUACGGGUCUCAGUCUUCUGAGACUCAGACUUCUGAGACUUUUCUGGGCUGGGCCCACAAAAAUAUUCAUUUUCAUAUUCUUUAGUCUGAUGUGCCCUUACCUAUGAUACAGAAUUUCAUUUUUAUUCUACCAAUAUAAAAAGCAAUGUGGGUCACCUUGUUAAAUCUCUGUGGAAAAAAUCUUAAUAUUUACUUCAUAUUUUUCAAUCUGGUCUACCCCCGCAGGGUCAUGCCAAAUUUCAGUCUUCUACGAGUGUCUGGAGCGAAUUUCAUCUUUUUAAUACAAUUUUUAAAAAUCGAUAUGGGUCACCCCUUAAAGGUCCCUCCACAUAAAAAUGUUUUAAUUCAUAUUUUUUCAUCAGGGACCAUUAGCAAUCUCUGCACUAAUUUCAGCUCGAUUGGAUAAUUUUCAACAAUCGGUAUGGUAUCGGGUCCCUCCAGUCGAAAAUUUUCCCAAUUUAAAUUCAUAUUCUUCAAUUAGACACCAUUAGCAAUCUCAAUGCCAAUUUUCAGAUUUUGAAAUACUCCACCCACCCAGAUGACCACCACCGGUCAACCACUUAAUCGAUUUCGCCCAUCUUCAAAUUUAACUCCUCAUUUGCCACAUACUACACAUACCAAAUUUAAAGUCGCUAGGACGAGUUUAACGAAAGUUAUCGUAAAAUGAUCGAACGGACAGACGGACGGACAUGACGGUUCCAUAAGCACUUUGACUGAAAAUUACAUUUCCAACUGUAACCAAUGACAUUUUCAACAAUUUUUAGUUUUCUAAAAAUGAAAAUUUAUUUUGUAACUCGGCCAUUUGUCGUAACCUUAUAGAUUGAUAAAGUGUCAAAUAAUCUUGACAUGGUUGGGUUAGGACUAUCGUUAAGAUUCCAAUCAUAUCAUUAGUGAAUUAGCAACUUGGCAUGAUUACAUGUAAUGUAUUGCCCAUUUGUUUUUCAAUCUAUUAAUUUAAAUAACAAAACAAUAAGGAUUAUCAUGAAGCCUUACAAAAGCCAAAAUUAUGGGAGGGAACUUCAGUUCAUUUUAACAAAAAGUAUAGCAUCUAAACGAAGGAAUAAAGUAAGCAUCCUAAUUUCAGCACAAAGUAUGAGAAAUACAUGCAUUAUUCUAUUUGCUUCAAUUCAAAAGUUCUCAGAAUUUUCUCCUCACGGUCAAACAAAUGAGCAGAAUAAAUUCGAGGCACAGAAAUCAGCACUGGAAGUACUCACACGGCCUCAAGUAGAGUUCGCUGCACGAAAGUUUUCGAAGCAUUUAUUUCGUGACCCCAACGUCAUAUCUUCAAACCAUCUCGAGCUGAACUCCAAGAAGUACAAGCAGAAACUUCCAAAAUACAAUACGGAUUCACAUGUCGUCCACAUGUCGGACAAGAGACCAUAUGCACCCAUACCUCUUGACAACAAAGAAAACAUGCACACAGCAUUCUGUGAAUCAUCAAUCUUGAAAUUUCCACAACAAGAAAACUUGCACGUGGAAAAACGAGUAGGAAAUGCAUUUGAGCCAUAUUUGGAUCAAAAACCACUAUUUCAGUUAAAAUCAGUAUUAAAAUCGGGUGCAAGGGCUGAACAUGACAAUAAUAACAGAACGACCAAUGACAGGGACGCUAUGUCGAUGGAAGAUAUUCUUGCGGUGGACAGAAAUUUGUGUGAACGACAAGGUUUGAACUAUCUUCCACGACGGGAUGCAUUUGACAUUGGGCUGAAUGAAAUCAGAGAAUCAUUGAAUGAUUCGCGAAAUUUGGAUGUUUGUGUGACAUGCUUAAAGAGCAUUCUGAGGCUCCUUGUGGUUUCAGGAAUGAUUUUAGUAGUUUUUAUUUUGGUACUGGCCAUAAACGCUGCAGUAUUUGACUUUCUGAGAGAACAUUUCUUCCAGAAUGCACUGAAGUUUAUUUUCUUUCUUGGGGCGAUCAUGCACUCCUCCGUGGUUGGAAUCUACGGAUUAGUCGCUCUAUCAAAAUUGAAUCAUGUCCGACCCUACUUUUUGAGGAUUCCAUUUACUCUUAUUUUUCCUGUUGGAUUUCUCGCAUCGUCUCUUCAACACUUGAUGAACGUUUCAAAAUUAAUGGAACACUAUCUGACUCACAAAAUGCAAAGUUAUCAUACGUACAAGGACUCGAGGCGUGUCCUGGAUAAAUUACAUAAUUUUUUAGCCUGUUGUGGAAUACACUCAAGUCAAGAAUGGAUUACAUAUUCAGGAGUAUACCCAAGGUCUUGUUGUGCAGAUAGUGAUUGUCUAAAUUCUGAAGCAAGCAACACAUUAUUCUCCGAUGGUUGCCUAACUAAGGCCACACAUUUCAAUCUCGUCCUAGCUGGAAUUAUGGCAAUCGUUGCAUUUGUUCAAUUAAUCCUCUUAAUUACCUCUGUUUGUUUUAUGCUGAAACUGUUCAACAUAAUCAAGCUGCAAAUUGAAGACCGAAGAUCCAGCUGGAAAAUAAUUUUUGGCAAAUUCUUCUCAAUAUGCGAAUCUGCUGAAUACGAUCGGCAACAAGAAUUGGCAGAGCUUGGCCAGCUUAAAUUCCAAGAUUUCAUUAAGACAAAUGUUCAUUAUUCAAGACCAGUGACACCAGCAAUAUUGAAGUCAUGAUGUAGUAGACAAUUGAUAUUAUAAAUCAGAUGAAUUACAUUUUUAUUUUGAAAAUAAGAAAAAUUGACUAAAAAUACUUUGAUUUACGUGUCACUCAGACAUGUUUAUCGUGAAUCCAUGUAUUUAUUUUACGAUUGUUAUGAAAUCGUUGCAUUAAUGCAUCCGCUGAAUUGGAACUAGCUACAUAAUUGUAAGAGCCUGCAAAUAAAUGUAUUUGAAAUUAGUGAAAAAAAAUUGAGUACACAACUUCAUACAAUUAAUUAUUCAUUUCCCUUCAAUUGUGUGAGCAAGCGUAUAAGUGUGUAUACUUCAGUAUAAAUAUUUAGGAAAGAAAUGUCAAACAGUAAUGCCGUAUGUCAAAGAAUUUUAUGUCACAUUUCACAAAAAAAAGUGGUUGGUCAACCAUACAUAAAUCGAAGUGAAGAAAAACAACUUUCUUGCUUGUAAAUAUUUAUUAUUCGCUAAAGUCGUCGUCAGUUUUCGACACUAACGUCUAGUCGCAAUCAACGUCCAACGUAGUAACCCAAAGUAUACAUAAUACACAUCGCAAAAGUUAAAAAUGAGCAUUUAUUUUAAAAAUCAAAGAUUCUACUUAACUUUACUGAGUGUUUCUCUAUUUUUUUCCGUGUUUUUAAGCAUUGCAUCUCCAAAUGAAGACGAUGAAGAUUCGAGUGAAGAGGAUGAAGAAGAUGAUUUCUCGUAUGCAGUACUUCAUUCCGCAAUUCAUAACUUAACCACAAGGAUCAACAACAUAAGUGCUAAUACGACGCUUCUAAAUCCAGCGACAUACCUGGCAUCAAUUACACCUAACGUUACUCACUCGAUAACCAUCGAAGAUGACGAUUUUGACUAUGGGAAAACCCAAGACUGGAAAACGAAGGACACAGUUGAAGGGUAUGAAAUUUCUUCAGACGGACUCCAAUUCAAGUCCAAAUUGUUACAUGACAAAGGACUGAUACAAGUUCGCGUUAGUGUUAACGGUGUUGCAUGGACACUUAAAAAAGAAAUUCAUAGGAGAAACUUGAAUUUGAGGAUCAUGACAUGGGACAGUAGCAACAAUAGGAUACGCGUACAAGUGCCAUAUGGAGUAAUACCUCAAGGUGGAAGCUCCAUUUAUGCCGACAAUCUUCUGACGAUCAUCUUUGGCCAGCCUAAUACUCUCCCAACAUAUUUGUUACUUAAUCAAUUGACCUGAACGCAACCACCCAAAUUUAUAUUUGGGGAUUAAUUAAUGUUAAUAGAGUAGCAUCAAAUUAAUCCCAAGCAACCCACCAAGUGCAAAACCCUUAUCCUGAACGGAACCUACAAUGUACUUUUGGGCCUUGACUACAUAUGUAUGUAUGUACCCUAUAUGAUUCUAUACAAAUGCCAGAAGGUCAUGAAAAUUUGUCAAAGGUCGGACACCCCUCUGGGUUUGUCUAAAUAAGGGAGAUUAGGUCGGGCUAUCGCCAGAAGAUUGCCGUCAUACUUAAAUUCGCAAUGCUUCUCAAGAGGUAAAAGUGGUGGAAAGACCAAAGUACGUAGAUUUAUUCGCCCCAUUUGGCUUCUUAGAGUAUAAGAAGCAAACAAAAACUACUUGACGACAUUGUAGCAAUAAAAAGACAGAAAUGUUGAACAAUAAUAUACAGCAGCAAUUAAAUGUCCUUUAAAUAUCUUCGAAAAAGCUAUUCAGACAAUAAUACUGCAAACAAAAGCUGACAUUCAAUUAAACUAUCCAUUGUUCUUAGAAAUACUAUGACCAAAAGUAUUUUUACAAGUACAGCAAGUGAUUUCAAGAACUACAAACUCGUUUGAACUGAUUCGAAAAGAAAUAUUUUUUAAAACGCUAAUUUAAAAAGACAAAAAUAGUAUCUGCAAAUGAUCAUCAUAAAGUAUUUACUGAUCUUGUGUAUUUGGUUGGUGCUUCUCCCCGAUGCCUCAGACACAUUGUCAGACGACACUGGUCUCACCCAUCAUCGUUCCAAGAGAAUUGCGAAUAAACCACGCAGAAGGCAUAAACCCAAGCCCAAAAAUUCCAAACCAAAAUCGGAUCCAUGGGGGAAUUCAGGUUCAGGGGCAACCGCAACACCACCAAAUUCUACUGAAGUCGAAGAUGAUUUCGCAGAUUAUCCAGAAGGAUAUUUUCUGAAACCUGGGAUGACAGAAGCCCCUGAAAAUUACGAGUAUUCUGAGUCAAAGUUCAAUAAACCCCAUCUCACCAAUGCAGAAUGGAAAGAUCAGUUCACCUCUCGCAAAAGAACAUACGAAAUUGAAAAAUCUAAAUUAGAUAGCAUUGUUCCAGUAAAACCACCUGAAGCAGUAAAAGGCAUCCUUGGCGAUGAUUUGCUUCGGUGAAAAUAAAAUUUUGCAUAAUCUCAACUGAAUUAAUUUGGCCAAUGAGUAACAGGUCAUGAUUUACAUAAAUAUGAACAUCAUUCAAUUGUAUCUCGGUCGUGAGUUUGAAAAUUUGUAAUCUGAGCAUGCUUAAAUAAAUUUUCAACUAUACACAAAGAUUUGUUAACAUGUUUUUAUUCCAAAAUUAUAAAACUGACACAAUGUCUAAUUGAUUAAAAUGAAGUUUUUAUUAAAGUACAAAAAUGUUAUUCUAAUUUCUAUCUAUUACUAAAAUGAGCUCAUAAUUAAAAAUAUCGUUCUAAAAUUACGAAACGUCCAACUAAAUAAUACAUACGAACAUAUUGAGUUAUAAAUUAUGUAUGUGUAGAAACAGGUAAAUGAAGAAGAACACAACAUGCGGCAAUGCAGUACUUAAUAAAAUCAGAAAAAUGGAUUAAUUAUACACUGAAAAGAAGGUGAACAUACAAAUGCAUAUUUAGUAUACAUAUAAUAAUGAUCACAUUGUCAUUGUCAUCAUCAGCAAUAAAAUAAAUAAAUGGUUCUCAAAAUAACUAUGUAAAAAAGUAAAGAUACAAAUAAAGAGUCGUUUAACAGAUAAAAUUGAACCUUUGUCUAAAAAAA